CGCACACACACACACAUCAGCACUUCUAGCGCUGAGUUAGUUAUAAUAAGAGAAGCGGAUGAUGACAUCUUCGCACUGUGGCUCAAGUGGUGAAAAACUCUCUUAUUAUUAAAUAGCUCCUUUUUUAAAAAGAUAACCCUUCAUGAAAGAAUAUCUCCAUGGCGGGAUGUGAAAUCUGACAUUGGAUGCUUUAAGAGACAUUUCAUAUCAAGAGAAAAGAUGGGAUGUAACUGCAGUUCGGACUAUUCAGACAACGACUGGAUUGAGAAUCUGGAUGAAAUCUGUGAACACUGCAACUGUCCCAUACCUCCACAGUCAUGCAAUCCAUACACAGAUCAGCUGAUUCCAUAUAACUACCCAUCACAGCAUUCACCUCCUACAUCGCCUUUACCAGACAACCUUGUGGUGGCCAUAUACAGUUAUGAACCCAACCACGACGGCGACCUCGGCUUUGAGAAGGGAGACAAACUCAAGAUCCUCAACAAGGAUGAUCCAGAGUGGUAUCUGGCCGAGUCUCUCACCACAGGCCAGCAGGGCUACAUCCCAUUCAACUUUGUUGCAAUGACCACAAUGGAGACUGAACCGUGGUUCUUUAAGAACAUAUCUAGAAACGAAGCCAUGAGGCUGCUCCUCGCUCCUGGGAAUACGCAGGGCUCCUUCUUGAUUCGAGAGAGCGAGACAACCCCAGGAUCAUUCUCCUUAUCAAUCAGGGACUUGGACCACAACUCUGGAGAAGGAGUCAAGCACUACAGAAUACGCAACAUGGACAACGGCGGCUUCUACAUCACGGCCAAGAUAUCCUUUAACUCUCUGAAGGAGCUUGUCCAGCAUCACUCACGUGAUGCAGAUGGGUUGUGCACAAAGCUCAUGAAGCCGUGUCAGUCAAAGGCACCGCAGAAGCCCUGGUGGCAGGAUGAGUGGGAGAUUCCACGUGAGUCGCUGAAGCUGCAGCGCAGGCUUGGAGCAGGACAGUUUGGAGAAGUCUGGAUGGGUGUCUACAAUAAUGACAGGAAAGUGGCGAUUAAGAACCUGAAGAUCGGCACAAUGUCGGUGGAGGCCUUCCUGGCAGAGGCCAACAUGAUGAAGAACUUGCAGCAUCCACGCCUCGUCCGCCUCUUUGCUGUUGUUACCCAGGAGCCAAUCUAUAUCGUCACAGAGUACAUGGAAAAUGGUAGCCUCGUGGAUUACCUGAAAACAACGGAGGGAAGCAGUUUACCCAUGAAUACUCUGAUCGAUAUGGCAUCUCAGGUGGCUGAUGGCAUGGCUUUCAUUGAGGAGAAAAAUUACAUCCAUCGAGACCUGAGAGCCGCCAAUAUCCUGGUGUCCAGUGAGCUCAUCUGUAAGAUUGCUGACUUUGGACUGGCGAGGCUGAUUGAGGACAAUGAAUACACAGCAAGAGAGGGUGCAAAGUUUCCCAUCAAAUGGACGGCCCCCGAGGCGAUUAACUAUGGCACCUUUUCCAUCAAAUCGGAUGUGUGGUCAUUCGGGAUCCUCCUGACAGAAAUAGUGACGUACGGACGCAUUCCUUACCCUGGUAUGUCCAACCCAGAGGUGAUCCAGAACCUGGAGCGAGGCUACAGAAUGCCAAAGCCAGAAAACUGUUCAGAUGGGCUGCAUAACAUCAUGUGUCUGUGCUGGAGGGAAAACCCAGAGGACAGGCCCACCUUCGAGUACCUGAGGAGCGUCCUGGAGGAUUUCUUCACUGCCACAGAGAGGCAGUAUCAGGAAUAGCCCUGAUGGGGCAGAGAGACAUACAGACUUACAAUAAAUAUACUCAAACUAAAGGCUCAGUCUAUGAAGAUGGAUGCUGGAUUAUUAUGUAUUUGUUUUUGAAGAUGCUUUUAUAUCUAUAAGUUUCUGCCCCAGACUUAUUCUAAAGUGGCCUCUUAGAUGUGUGGAACUGUUGGAUCACUGCAGAGCCAACAGCAGGAAGGAGAGUGAUCGCUAUGCUGCUUGAACAGACUGGGACUGUCUGAUGUAGCUGAAUAAGUCGCUGCUCUCUUGGUGCUCAUCAUUAAAAUGUAAAUACUAUUAAAAUGCUUAAGCAAUGUUUUACCUCUGCAGUUUAAUAAAUGUUUUACAUGGAUGUUGUUUGUUAUUGCAUUGAGUAAAGCAUCGCAACCGACUGCACCUAAAUGACCCACCGUCAGCCAUUGUACUUAUUCUGUGUAUUUGGUGAUAUGUUUUAUAACAAAACAAAAAAAAAUGUUUUAUUUAUGCCUCAAGCUGAAUUUAUCAAAUGAAUUCAUGUUGCAUUCAGAGCGCUGUACUUUUUGAUUUGUGUGCCAUUGACAACAUAUUCUGCAGAUUUAUUUUGAUUUCAAUGAUAGUGAGCAUCAGUGGUGAAAUGUAAUACUCAGUUGCUCCAUGACUGUACUUAUGUACCAUUUUGAGGUGCCUGUACUUUUGUGCUUCUAUUGUACUUUUUCAUUCUUCCACAUACGUUUUCAGGACUACAUUUUAGAGAUAUUUAUAAAGUUAUUAAACACAUGAAUGGAUUACUGAACAGGUUUAGGAGGGGCCAAAAGUGUCACAUACAUAAUGUCAAUCAAAUAAAUGUGUACCAGCCAGUAAGAGACUCAAAAUGACCACAGAGAUACAAAAAGAUAAUAAAGAAUUGCAAACGAA